ACAGGUAACGAAGGGAACAAAAAAAACAAACACAAACCCCGUAAACGCAUCACGUACCUUUUCUUUUCGCAUUGUAAUAAAAUUCGUAGACACCAGAGCAUUUCCCGCUGGUAAAUGCAGCUAUUUUAGGGUAGUGUUUUUUGAGUAUCGUUUCGUUUCGCAGCAAUACUGGCGCACCGCUAGCAGGGUGAAAUCGUGUCGCGGGUUCCAAACCCAUUCGCUCCAAUCCCCCGCCACGGACAAGAAGGAAGUGCAUUAUUCAAUCGAGCAAAGCGACCGACCUUUGUAUCGGUUCUGCGGUUCUGCCGAGUGACCCAUAUUAAAAGCGCCAUGAGUGUGGUGGGCAAGAAGCUCAGCUCAUCGAUUACGGGGGCCGAUGCGGAAGGUCCCUCGCCAACGAGCCCGACGGUGGCCGGAACCGGAGGCUCCACGACGGUGCCCACCAGCACAAUCACACCCGAUUACGUGCUGCAGCUGAACAAAAUUACCGACGACUACCUCUGCACACCGGACGCGAACAUCUACGAGAUCGACUUUACGCGGUUCAAAAUCCGAGACCUGGAGUCCGGUGCGGUGCUGUUCGAAAUAGCGAAACCAUCGUUAAGUGAUAUUACUACACACACGGGUGGAGGAGGAGAGGCGAAGGGUAAGGAACCGGUUGCUGGCACGACCAAUGAUGAACCUACCGGAGCACCAUCCGCCACCACAACCACCACGACCACCGGUACCGAGGACGCGGAGGAAACAUUCGAACCGAAUGCGGGACGCUACGUGCGGUACCAAUUUACGCCGCAAUUCCUAAAACUUAAAACCGUCGGUGCUACUGUCGAGUUUACCGUUGGCAGCAAGGGUGUGAAAAACUUUCGCAUGAUCGAGCGACACUUCUUUAAGGAUCGGUUGCUGAAAACGUUCGACUUCGAGUUCGGAUACUGUAUUCCCUUUUCUAAAAAUACGUGCGAACACAUCUACGAGUUUCCCACUAUCCCACCGGAUUUAAUGAACGAAAUGAUUCAGCACCCGUUCGAAACGCGCUCGGAUAGUUUUUACUUCGUCGACGGUUGCCUGGUAAUGCACAACAAGGCCGACUACGCAUACAACGGUGGCCUGUGAACCCCCGGGUAUCCUUAGUAACCGAGAAGCGGAAGAGCUAAUCAGCUAAGCCGGUGGUUUUGUGUUUGAAUGUUUGGUCAUCAUUUUCGUCGAGAUUUGCUCGAUCUACAUACGCAACACUAACUAGUCAAUCCUCCGCGCGCGCGUGUGUGUGUGUGAAUUUGUGUACGUUUAUUUAUGUGUGUAUGUGUUUGUGUGUGCGCGUAAGUGUACGCGGUGUGUGCCGGUAAUGGAUUUCCUUUGCACCACACGCCACCCCUCGCAGCAGCAGAAAGCGGUGGCCAGAUCUACGUCAACGUGACAUCCCCCCCACACAUUGGGAGGUCCGCGUGGGGGAGUUCUGCAAUAAAUUGACCAAAGAAACGAGAAGCGAUGAAACCGGGACCGGAUGGCUGCGGAAAGGAAGGGAGUUUAAAUUGUAAACAAACAUCCGUCGCCGCUCGGAACUGUGUGCAACUGUACACAAGAACAAAACGAAAAUACGAAACCGAAGAGCAAAAAAAAGAAAGAAACAAAACAGGUAUGUUAAAUAUAAUUAUUCUAUAAAGAGAAGAUGAAACACAGAAGGCGAAACAAAAAAUCAUACACAAGCACACGAAAACAAUUUACCACAACAACCCACAAGCGAAACUCAUGAAAGACAUUUUGAAAACGAUCUACUCGAAUCUACUUCUAGCACGGUACACUUAGAGCAAAAAACCAAAAAAAAAAGAAAAUCGGAAAAGAAACGAUUAUUGUGUUAAAUACGAUUAGAUGAGCGACGGAGUGAACCUCCCCGAAAGGAACAGCUGCUAGUUUUGCUUAGGGAGUUAAGGGAAUUAGGGAUGUGUGUUUUGAUAAGCUUAAACUCCCAUAGGCACAGAACAUCAUACACAAGCACUCACACAGAUAGUAUGUACCGUCUAAUCACCUUUCUUGCCUUAAUUAUCCGUUUGUUACCGGGAGGGACUGGGCGCGAUAAGCUGCUGCUUAAACUGCAAUUGCGAAACACGGUACCGGCUUGCGGGAAGAAUUGUACGUUAAAAAUAGACCGACACAGAUUGCGAGCGCAAAUCCCGAGCAGAACCAUCAUCAUCAUCAUCAUCAUGACGAAUGCUGAUGAUCAAGCGAGAUCGGAACGGAAUUUCAUUUGCGGCAUCAUGUGUGAAAAAAACGCAUUUUUAUACCAAGAUUGAUCAGGGUGAGACAGAUAGUCAAUAGGAGACACAUUUAUGUCGUCAUCGACCGAAGCCGUUCUUUUGCCUUUACUUAAUGCCAUUUAAGGGAUUUAAAUGUUUUAAUAUUUUAACAAAAAGGUUAGGUUUGUUUGACCCUCUUGUUUUCGCCCUUGCAGACCACAAAAGCAAAUGCACUCGAUGCACUACUGGUUCAUGCAAUGCAUUGAUUUAGGAAGCUAGGAAUAGGAACCCAAGGAUCUGCUUAAUGUCGUUGUCCUCCCGAACGAAGCGAAACCGUUAUUGCGCCGCGGACACAACAACACACGCGACUUUACACCCCUUAACCAACCUUUGUCCUUUGACCGCUACGCGUAACCGCUCCGUUUUCUAGCAUUAUUCACUCACAAAGAAAAAAACGGGGAUUAGGAAAAAAUCGAAUCAUUUCACUUUCGCACCCAACACCAGCCACCCCAUUUGGUUUGGGGGAGUGUGACAAAUAAUAAGGGGGUGGUUAUACCUUCCCCCCCCCCCCAAAAAAAAACAGUAUAUUGGCGGGGUUUUGUUUUUGCGGGUGCCCAUUACGCUACACACCCCGGGGUGUUAUUCGCGUGACCACACAGCGGUAGUAUUGGUCGUUGAAUUUCAAUACGUAAUGGGGCUGGCUCUUGUUUUCCCUCCCGCUUUUUUUUUUGUAAUACCUUUGCAUGAAACCAUGAGGUGUCCAUGUCACGAAACUAGUGCUUUUAACCUUACAUUCGAUCGAUCGAUUGGAGUUGUCAGAAAAACAGGUGGUGUUGGUCCGUGUGUGUGUGUAUAAUGCGAAAAGAUCAGUUGGUGUUUUUUUUUUUUUGUUUUUUUGGUACUUUGGAUCAGAGUUCGGGAAAAAUGUAAAACUUUCUUUUCUAAAGCAUCUAGGCAAAGAUAGGAUAAUGAUUUUUUGGUUUCUAGAAUAUUUAAAACAAAAGCUUUUACUGCAAAGCAAACCAACCUCACACAACUACCAAUAGAAGAACUAAUAAACAAAACCACAGCAAAUCACAAAGAGUAAACAAUAAGAAGACAAAACACACAACUAAUAGCAAUCGUUAUGAUAAAGAGAGAGAGAAAGAGAUGUAGUAAGAAUAUACUAUAUAGUACACGACACAAUAGCAAAAACAAUGGCACCGAGAAACCCAAGUUUUCAAACCUCACCGCAUGCCGUGAAACAUGAGAUGGGGAAAAAAAACUAUAGCUAUACACAGACACAAACACACGACCCUAUAGAUGUGGUAAUGCUUCGAUGUUAAGCCCUUUAACCAUUUAGCAUUCGUCGGUCGUCGGCUUCGUUUGAGACGGAGGAACAAAAGAACUGAGUUUUAGGGAGCCUUGUUCUACUACGAAUUAGACACAACAAAAAAAUAACAAAAGAAAAAACCAAAUCGAGCAUGAACGUAGUAGCCAUCGGUUAGUAGUUAGUAGGCAAACAUUGCAAACGCAGCCAUCUUAGAUUGCGAUCGAAAGGAGGGUGAACUAAUGCUGUUACUACUAUCAACAUCACCACUACUAACAUAUGCUAGUCAUGGGACUUUAAUUCGGCUAGGUGUUUAAAUACUAGGUGUUCUACCCGUAAGCCAUAGGAAAACAAAACCAACGCUAGCGCAAACAAAGGUCGGUCGGAACUACUAAGCAAAGAGGCCAUUUUUAAUCUGAGCUCGGUUUUUAGUGAAGUAAAGUGGUUUUUUGGCUUUAAACAGGUUGAGAGGAGGAGUUUCUUCUUUCGAGGUUAUGAGUUGGUCGUAAUUAGACACCGAGGCAAGGUAGCUCACUUUUUAAAAGAGUGAGCGCGUAGUGUCUUAUUUUGUUUGACAGCUCUCUCUCUCUCUCCCUCACUUUCUCCGGAUUAGUAUCUUCUGGGUAGUAGACAACAGUCAAAUUUUUUGGUUCAAAAAAUGAAUUUUUGAAUGAAAGUCAAUCGUAACGAAUCGUUUUGCAGGAUUUAAGUCCGGAGGGUAACAAGACACGAUAAGGGCCUUUUAUUUAACCCUUUUAACGGCAAGCUCUUAAUAGACGAAGUUCUUUCGGUUAAAGAAGCCCUACUGAUCACAAAGCCCCUUGGGCGUCGAAACCUCUUGAAAUUUCCCACUGUUAAACCCGCUACUGGGGGCGGUCCGGUGUCCGAGGUGAUAACGGCGCCUGUCUUCACACGGCAGGACCGGGGUUCGAAUCCAUACCGCCUCUCCGUACGCAGAGCUGACUACCAGACUACGGGACUACUUGCUAAGUCCCAGAAAGCCUGAUAUGAUAGGCCGAGACCUCUCAAGGUUAUAGUGCCAGGGAAGAGGAAGAUAUAGUCAACAGUUAGAAAUUUUGGUUGAAAAAAUGGAGUUUCGAAUCAAUCCUCCCGAAAUUUGAUCCGAUCCAGUGCUUUAGUCGAUACACGUAUAAAUCCUUUUGCUGGAUUUACUAGAAGUGUUGUGCCUAGAAACUUUUCGGUCUCCUGGACAAAAAGAUACGAUAAAGGACCUUUGAGCGAUUUAAUCCCUUUGACGCCAAGCUCUUUUAAUAGGCAAAGUUCAUUUGGUGAAGUCUCUUGAGCGUCGAAGCCUCCGUCAAUCUCUCACUGUAAAACCCGCCACUUUCGAUGACUGAUUUUGAGGUUAUUUGAGGUCUUUGUUGACUAUUAAAAGAACGGUGCUCGUUAUCAAAACGAUUGACUGCAGUCCGGGCAAACGUCAACAGCAAUUACUAAGCGUCCAGCGCAUUCGAAGAGCUGUCAAACAAUUAGUAAAAUACAUCCCUGCAUCUAUCGUUAGCAUUUGAUAGUAUUCGUAAAAUCGUUUCAUCGAGACAGAAACCUACCACCAAGGGGGUAGAAAACAAGCAAGACUUGUUUGAGAUAAGCUCUCGCGAGCGAGUCUUGAGCUGCUUUUAUGGAUGCUGAGUUAUUAGUGUUUACAGCACUUUAAUCCAGUAAGCCGUCGUAAACUACCCGCCCGGAAUGUUUUGCUAGUCGCGUCUGUUGGUCCAACCUCCUCCUAGUCAUUAUGUUUAAGUCUCUACUUAUGGAAAUGGAAACCUCCCCGUUGUCUUGUGUGUGUGUGUGUGUUUGUGAGUUAGUUUGUUAGUUUGUACAGAAGCAAGCAGGCAACGUUUGCGAACAAAGGUUUUAAAGCUGAGCUACGUUGACGAUUGUCUUUUGACACGUUUGUUCUUCGUCCAAAGGGACGAAGGGUUUUUGUUUUUUUAUUUUUAAAUUCCCCUGAUUGUACACGAGGAUCAAUUACGAUCGGACGAUCUUUAUAAUAAAGCACUGAACGGUGGUGGUGUGAGGUUUUAAAUGUGAGAUAAAAUCCAAACGAAAUUUGACGGAGAGCAAAAUGGUAGGAACGAUUUAGUAAUAGCAUAAUGUACUAGCGUUAGUCCACCAGGACCAGGGGUCCUUAAUACGCCGCCCAUUUAACCAUUGUACGGUGCGUACUUUGAGCGAACAAAAACCCAGCGUUACCCAGCGUGCAGAAAACCCGAUUUAAUAGCGCGAUCUUAAACACAGCAAAACAAACUAAUACAAGAAAAACAAACAGCAAGAAAUAAAUUCUAGAAUAUCGAAAGUAUAGAGAUAAUAAAUAAUUGUGGUAAAAACAGAAGCAAAACGUGAAACGAAAAAUCAUCCAGGCAAAAACAAUAAAAAGAUGUGAAUGAAACACACAUUAUUAGGCGGAGGUGUUGAGGUGAAAUUGAGGUAAAGGAGCUAAAUGCAGAAUGAAUAGUAAAUGAGAAUUAGAAAAGCAACAAAAAACCAAAAACAGUUAAAUUAUUUCCAAAAAAAGUAUUUCUAUUUGCAAAGCUCUUCUUAAGCAGAUUUAAAACGUAAUUAAAAUAUUGCGAAGCAAUGACGAAAAAACAAACGACGAAACGUUUGCGGCUGGCUCCAUAUCUAAUAAAGUUAAACUAAUUCAAUUUAAAGAGAAAUAAAACACCGACACGUAAAAGGGGAAAAGUAAAGAAGUAAAAGGGAAAAUCGAACAAAAACGGUUGCAAGCGGUAGAGACGAACGUGAAUCUAAGUGGUGCAAAACGAAAUUACUAGUCAAAACCAAAAAGCAGAAACAAACCAAAACUUUGGCUCUGAAUUUUUACCUUUAAAGAGCAAGGUACUAUUAAACUUUUAAAAUUCCUAGCUCUACAAAUGCAGAACCAAACACCUAAAAGGGACGGAAAGCGAACAACACGGCUUCACGCGAAAUCUUUCUACUUCCGACACUUGCAGCGUGAAGUCACUCUGCUGCUGUUAAUGAUUCGGCCGAAUCAUACCUCCUUCGCGAAGGAAGGUACAUUUGAGUUUAUUCUGCCCUCUGUUGUAAGUUUAUCUGUGUUUACCCCCAAAACAACCCUAUGUUGCUAUACUUUCGUUGUUUAAUUUGUGCUUUCGAUUCGAGGCACCCCUCAGUAUCUCAAGUACGAUAAAAUAGAUAACACAUUGUUCGGUGUAA